UAUGAAUUUAACAGCACUAUUCGGAAUGGGAUCUAGAUAGUGUAAAUAUAUAGAAAUAUCAAGCAAUGCGGGCGGUUAUACAGAGGGUUAAGGCCGCCAAAGUGACCGUGCUGGAUGAGCUGGUGUCCUCCAUUGGACCGGGGCUGUGCGUGCUGGUGGGGAUCAAGGCCAGCGAUACGGCCAAAGAUGUUGAGUACCUGUAGGGUCCGGAAAAUCCUCGCGCUCCGCUUGUUCGAGGAGGAGGGCAAGAGGUGGCAAAAGUCCGUCAAGGAUCUCAACCUAGAGCUGCUCUGCGUCUCCCAGUUUACACUGUACCACCGGCUCAAGGGCAACAAGCCAGAUUUCUCGGCUGCCAUGAAGGGCGAGGAGGCGCAGAAGCUGUACAAUCACUUCCUGGAGCGCCUAGGUCAAUCCUAUGAUAGCAGCAAGAUUAAAGAUGGCAAAUUUGGAGCUUACAUGCAGGUGCACAUAGAAAACGAUGGACCCGUGACCAUCAAUCUGGAGAGUCCGGAGGAGAAGCAAGCCAAUGAGGAAGCGAACAAGUGAUGAGCAAAUAUACAAAGAUCACAUUUA